AUAUGUGAAAAUUCUAUUCAACAAGUUUUUUAUCUAAAUUUGGGACACGAAAACGAGAUGGAAAAUGUAUUAGUAGUGUGAGGAAAAAGAAUAUGUUCUUAUAUAUUUUCACGAAUUGAAAACUUGUUCCAGUCAUACCUACAGUUUCUUUUGGCUCCCUCAGCAGUCGAGCACGUAACACAUAACUCGAAAGUAAUAUCGUUUUAUAGCUAAAAACGCAAUAUGGGACGUUUGGGAACAGUCGAUCCAAAUUCAUAUGCUGAGCCCGAUCGCGUAACAACUGUGCACAGCUCGUUAAAAUGGAUAGUCGACUUUGAUAACACUAAAUUGCAUGGGUCAGUAACUCAUCGUUUUAAUUUAUUAGAAAGUGAUUUACCAGCAAUUAUUUUGGACGUGCGGGAUAUUACGAUAAAAGAUGUAGUAAUUUUGUCUAAUAACAACUCUACUCCAGUCAAUUAUUUCAUAACCGAUUCAGUAGUAGAUAUUGGCUCUAAAUUAACACUUGAGUUACCAGAGGGAACAGUAAAGGGCGAGUUACUUGUACAAAUUAACUACGAGACUGCAAAUACCGCCAGCGGCUUGUUGUGGCUGACUCCAGAACAAACACUUGGAAAAAAACACCCAUAUAUGUUUAGCCAAUGUCAACCAAUUCAUGCACGCUCUCUUUUACCUUGUCAAGACACACCAGCUGUUAAGUUUACAUAUGACUCUUCAAUUGAACAUCCUAAAGAGUUAACAACUCUUAUGAGUGCUUUAGUUUUGGGUAGAAAUGAAGGCAUUUCCUCAUUCGAGCAACCAAUACCUAUUCCAGCUUAUCUCUUAGCAAUAGCAAUUGGAAAGUUAGUAACUCGACCUCUAGGACCCAACUCGAAUAUUUGGGGUGAAGAAGAUAUUAUUGAGGAAGCUGCUCAGGAAUUUUCAGAAACUCUGAACAUGUUAAAAGUAGCUACAGAUAUUUGUGGUCCAUAUGUAUGGACACAGUAUGAUCUUUUAGUGAUGCCACCAUCUUUUCCAUAUGGAGGUAUGGAAAAUCCUUGUUUAACUUUUGUCACACCUACAGUCAUUGCGGGUGAUAAGUCGCUUGCUGACGUGAUCGCACAUGAACUAGCACAUAGUUGGACUGGAAAUUUAGUUACAAAUAGAAAUUUCGAGCAUUUCUGGCUUAAUGAAGGAUUUACUGUAUUUAUUGAAACAAAAAUUGUGGGUCGCAUGCGAGGAACAAAAGAAAAGGAUUUCCAUAUGAUACGUAUUUUAACUGAAUUAAGAGAAUGUAUUCGAACACAGUUGGCAAAUAAGCCUGAAUUAACUAAACUGGUUGUGGACUUAUCCAAUUGCGGACCAGAUGAUGUAUUUUCAGUCGUUCCUUAUGUCAAAGGGUCUAUAUUUUUACUUUAUAUAGAAGAUUUGGUCGGAGGCCCUGAAGUAUUUGAGCCAUUCUUACUUUUUUAUUUACAAAAAUAUGCGUACAAAUCGGUUGUAUCAGAUGAUUUCAAAUCAACCUUAGAGGAGUACUUUUCCAAAACAGAUAAACAGAACAAUCUAAAGAAAAUUGAUUGGAAUUUAUGGUUGAAUCAAGAGGGUAUGCCGCCCAUAAUCCCUAAAUUUGAUGAGACUCUAGCAAACAUUUCAAAAGAGCUAGCCUUACUGUGGAGUUCGAAGAAAUUAAUAGAGUUGGAGAACAAUGAAACCGUUAAGGAAAAUAUAUCAUCACAUCAGCUUAUCGACUUUCUAGGUAGACUCAUUGAAUAUGAAGAUAUUGUAGAUCUAAAUGAAGAAAAAAUUGAUUUUCUUGAGUACACAUACAAUUUAAAAAAUAGUAAAAAUUCAGAAGUAAAAUUCCGUUUUAUUCGCCUUUGUAUUAGAGCCAAAUUAAUGAAUCGCAUGGAUGAUAUUAUUGCAUUUGCCAAUUCAAAUUUCCGUAUGAAAUUUUGUCGGCCAAUUUACUCCGAUUUAGUAAAUUGGCCGGAAGCUAAACAAAUAGCCUUAAUGAAUUUUGACAGCGUUAAAAAUCAAAUGAUGACAUUAUGUUCCCAAACAAUAUCUAAAGACCUUGAUUUAUUAGUUAAGUAAAAUGUAUGGGUUGGUCUAUUCUUACAUGACUUUAUUAAUUAGUUAUUACUUGAUAUAUC